UCUGUAUAUAUUUGACAGCUUUAGGGAGCUAGAAUUCCUCGUCAUAGAGAGAGCUUUCCAUAGUCCAAAAAAACACUAAUUAAGAAAGGUACACAAGAGAUGGCUAUCAACAACGAAUGUCAAACAACAAAACCAAAACCAACAACUCUUCGGGCACAAAGAUCUUGCUCAUAAGACUCUCCUUCAAAUGCACUUUACCAGUAAAUACUCGAUACAAGCGUGCAUCCAAGAGAGCAUCGAUGUCUGAAGGAGCUCCGUGAGAUGACAAAAAAACACCCUCGGUAAGAUUACAGUUGUUUGUCUUCUUAUGAAACAAAAAAUAACUUAGAAAAAUAUAUACACACACACACAAGGCCUACCUAAUUUCAUGUGGAUUAUGGCUACCCCUGCUGAUGAAGGACAACUUCUAAGCAUGCUGAUUAAGCUCAUAAAUGCGAAGAACACGUUGGAAAUUGGUGUGUUCACUGGUUACUCUCUACUCUCCACCGCUCUUGCUCUUCCCUCUGAUGGAAAGAUAUUGGCUUUGGACGUGAGCAGUGAAUAUUAUGAGCUGGGAUUGCCAAUAAUUGAAAAAGCUGAAGUAGCUCACAAGAUCGACUUUAGAGAAGGACAUGCUCUCCCUCUUCUUGACCAACUUCUUCAAGAUGAAAAUAAUAAGGGAGUAUUUGAUUUUGUUUUUGUGGAUGCUGACAAAGAUAAUUACUUAAAUUAUCACAAGAGAGUAAUUGAUCUUGUGAAAGAUGAGGGAUUGAUCGGAUACGAUAACACUUUAUGGUGUGGAUCAGAGGCUGCACCACCUGAUGCACCUCUAAUAGAUUACGUGAAGCGUUAUCGUCUUCAUGUGAUUGCGCUCAACAAAUAUCUAGCUCAAGAUUCAAGGAUUGAGAUAUGUCAGCUUCCAGUAGGAGAUGGAAUUACCCUGUGCCGCUGCAUCACCUGAUCCGUCCUCCGUGAUGAUUUGUGCUCUUGGAUUAUGGAGAAUUUCAAUUUGAGCUAUUGAUAUCUUUAAUUUUUAACAAGUUUAUUGGUUAAGAGUCGUCUCCCCUCCCCCUCUUAACCUAAAAAAAAUUAUAAGCACUUCUUUAUUAUAUAUGAUAGUAAAAAUAAGUGAUUUAUAGUCAUUUUUGACUAAAAAUUACCUCUUUAAAUUGUAUUUUAAUCUUUUUUUUAAGUAAAUGGAUUUUAUAUAAAUUUGCUUUUG